UCUUUCAAUAUAUUUUAACUCCAAUAGAAUUCAAAAUUCAUAGAUACCCAUGAGACUGCCAACCUUCUAAUAUUCUAAACUCUAUUCUAUCUGGGGGGGAAAAACUUCCCAGAAUCAAGAUAAGCGAUGUCGAAGAAUUCAGAACCCUCAAUGUUCCAUUCUGUUAUUGUUUCGCCAUUCAAUUGGUUCAAAAUGCUCGCAAAAGAAAUGCAUUGGAGCUUUGUGUAUGGUGUUGUUGCUGUCAAUGGAAUAAGCCAAGGGCUCGGGGGCGCAAUAUGCAAAGUGGCGUCGGAUUAUUAUUGGAAGGAUGUUCAAAGAGUGAUGCCAUCAGAGGCUCAGGUGUAUCAAGGGAUUACUACUCUCCCUUGGAUUAUUAAGCCCUUGUGGGGGAUUCUCACUGAUGUACUUCCAGUUGCUGGAUAUAGGAGGAGGCCAUAUUUCAUUUUUGCAGGUUUUCUAGGAGCAAUUUCUAUGUUAAUACUAUGGCUACAGAGUGAAUCAUGUACUGUCCUAGCACUGCUAUUGCUUACUGCAGGGAGCGCAGCAGUAGCAAUAUCAGAUGUCACGAUCGAUGCAUGUGUUGCCCAGAAUAGUAUAAGUCACCCUUCGCUCGCUGCUGACAUGCAAAGCUUAUGCGGGUUUUGUUCAUCUGUAGGAGGGCUUCUGGGCUUUUCUAUAAGUGGUCUCCUCAUGCAUGCAUUUAGUUCUCAGGGAGUUCUUGGAUUAUUAAGCAUACCUGCAGCCUUGGUAUUUUCUGUUGGAAUGGUAUUGAAGGAGGUCCACGUACCAAAUUUUGCAUACCAAAAGGUUCAUCACAAGCUAUCUCAAGCAAAUCGAACAAUGUGGGCGACUUUAAAAUGCCCUGAAGUCUGGAGACCAUGCAUAUUUAUGUACAUGUCUCUUGCUCUGAGUUUAAACAUUCAAGAAGGAAUGUUCUAUUGGUACACUGAUACUGAAACAGGCCCAUCAUUCUCUCAGGGGACAAUCAGUUUUAUUUUCUCCAUUGGAUCAGUGGGGUCUCUCCUCGGUGUCCUACUUUACCAGAACUCUUUAAAGGACUAUCCAUUCCGAUGCCUUCUCUUUUGGAGCCAGUUACUCUCGAGCCUUACAGGAAUGCUAGACCUAAUUCUAGUAUUACGACUUAACCUGAAUCUAGGAAUGCCUGAUAAACUCUUUGCUGUGAUUGAUGAAAGUGUAUCUCAGAUGAUUGGACGUGUUAGAUGGAUGCCAAUCCUAGUGCUGAGCUCAAAGCUUUGCCCUUCCGGGAUCGAAGGAACCUUCUUUGCUUUGCUAAUGUCCAUAGAUCACAGUGGUUUGCUCACGUCCUCAUGGGGAGGCGGUCUAUUGCUUAACAUCUUGAAUGUUACUCGAACGGAGUUUGAUAACCUAUGGUUAGCUGUUUUGAUUAGGAAUGUUCUGAGAGUGGUUCCCUUGGCCCUGUUAUUCUUAGUGCCAAAGAGUGAUCAACAUUCAAUGAUUCUUCCUACCAAUGUUCUUAUGAAAACUGAAAUUGAAGAAAAUUUGACAGUAGAAAAUGACACCAAGAUAAAACCACUUCUUGAAGAAGCCUGAGGGGAAAGAGGGGAAUUGGUCAGUUCCGACGUUUAGUCUGUAUUCUCCAUAAUGAAAUGCCAAUGAUUUAUGUAAAGGUGAGAUUCACUUCUUCAUUCACAAGGCCUUCCGUCCAUAAUGCCUCAAAGAUUUGAAUUUGAUCAGAGCUUAAAGACCAGCCAAGUAGUUUGAUACUAUUAAGGGUUGAAGAGUUUGCACUGGGGAAUGAUCAUGUCAUUUUGAAGGAAAUUUAAAAUGUAGCAAGCAGGUUUACGAGGGAGUUAAGUGAGUUCAAUGAAAUAAUUCUAGAGGAAUUAAAUGAAAUUUGGCCUUGAAUGUUCA